AUGCUACAUCUGUUUAUUCGUUUGUUUUUCGACGAAGGCUCUGCUUUGAAACGUUUUACUUGUACCCGUGGAAAUCCCAAAAUAAUUUGGUCCGACAAUGCUACGAAUUUCGUUGGUGCAAGGAACGAGUUAGCUGAAGUAAAACAAUUGUUCGAAAGUAGCCAACAUCUUAAAAAUAUUCAUCAGGAUUGUCUAAGUGAUGGCAUAGAAUGGAAAUUUAUACCACCUAGAUCUCCACACUUUGGUGGUCUCUGGGAGGCUGCCAUAAAAUCAGCAAAACGUUUGUUUUACAGCACUGUCGGACUUUCAAUUUUAUCAUUUGAAGAACUACGCACACUCGCAUGCCACUUAUCGACAGUGCUUAAUUCUCGUCCUCUUUGUUCUAUUUUAGAAAAUCCAGACGAUUUAGAAGUCCUCACACCAGCUCAUUUUUUGGUGGGUGGUCCGCUAACAUCAAUAUCUGAGCCCAACCUUACUAUGUCUAACUUCUCUCGCUUAGACAGAUGGCAAUGA